AAUGCAUUAUUUUCGCGCAAAAUUGUCUGGCAUGCGCAAUUCAUGUUCACAAUAUGAGAGGAGCUUCAUUCGUUUUGGAAAGUGCCAAAGAGUUGAACUUGGAAAAUGUCUGUGGCCGUUUAUUUCGGAAUCAAGUGUUUUGUUGUGGUUGCCUUGCUUCGAGGCUUCUUGGCUGAAACUCUUAAGGAACCAUUGCAAAAUUCAACGGGAAGCAAACGAGAUGGAAAAGUCUUGUCUUUGUUUCAAAUUGUCCAAUUUCAGAACGACCCGUGCUCAACCGGAGCAACUCGGAAUGGAACCUGCUACACACAGGGCGAAUGUGAGAGUAGAGGAGGUUCAUCCUUGGGAUCGUGUGCCAAUGGUUUUGGAGUAUGUUGCGCAUUCACUUUGUCUUGCGGGGGUAUGAGUUCAGAGAAUUGCACUUAUUUGGUACAGACGUCCACCACCACCGCCAUCAAUCCCUGCAAGUACACCAUUUGUCCGUGCGACAAGCACAUUUGCCGCCUUCGAUUUGAUUUCACGAACUUUAACAUUAAUGGUCCUGUGACGGCCAGUGCUAUCUCCGACGUCGACCUCAGUGCAGCCACCACUUUAGGAGGUGCCAUUGGAGAUUGCACGACCGACACUUUUACCAUCACUGCACCAGGAAAUUUUGCUCCGCCUCUCAUUUGUGGAUUUAAUAGUGGACAACACAUGAUUGUGGAUGCUUGCCCAGAGAAGUGCAACGAAGUGAAUUUCGGCCUGACCGGAAGUGGAACGCGAAAUUGGGACAUCAAAGUGACUCAAUAUGCUUGUGGAGAUGAACUCGGAGGCCCGGAUGGAUGCCUUCAAUAUUUUACAGGUACCACGGGAACGGUUGCCAGUUUCAAUUUCCCCACCACUGCAGCGAGUUUGGAAACAACAACCACGCAUCUUUCGAAUCAAUGUCAAAAUAUGUGUUGGAGGCAAGAGAUGAACACUUGUGGCAUUUGUUGGAUCCCAGAGAUCCUUGGAACGGACGACGUAACGGGAUCUUUUGGCAUUAGCACCACCUCUGGAGGAAACAAAGCGCGCGGGGAAACGGACGGGAAAUGUCGCGGGGAUUAUCUUUUGAUUCCGAACGCUCAAUCCAACGUGGAAACCUCAGAUCAAGAUACGUUCACAAUUGGUAGCAUCGGAUCGGAUGUGCGGCUCAGUGAUCGGCUUUGCGGGCGACAGUUCAGUUCAGCCAAUGACAACGGCGACCGGAGAAUGUCCAGAUCAGUCUGCACCCAACAACGACCUUUCCGGAUGACCUUCAAAACUGAUGAGGAUGAGGUGACUCAAAGUCCCGCAACAGGCGCUCCUCCCAAUUCUGCCCCAACUAAUGAGCUGAACCGAGUUCCCGGGGGAAUCGUGGGCUUCAAUCUCCGAUGGACAUUGCAAGCGUGCACCUAAAUUGAUGUACCCUGAAUCGAUGAUUGACGAGACUUACCUGUCUGCUUGCAUCAGGCGAUUGUGUUUAUAAAAAAUACCGUAUGUUAUUAGCGUUGACAUUACAAGACAUUGCAAGAAGUGAUAUUAAAUGUAAUAA